AUGGCAGAUGCAAAUCUAAAGCCUUUUAGCAUCAACAACAUUAAGUCAUUUGUUCCAUUGAUUCUUGACCUGAAUCAGUUGACCUAUGACUGUUGGAGAGUCCUUUUCGAGACCCACUACAGAGCUUAUGGAGUUUAUGGUCAUCUUGAUGGUUCCUCCCGUCCGAAGGAUGACAAAGUCGAGCCAUGGCACAAUCUUGAUAACCUCGUUUCCAUGUGGAUCUAUGGUACACUCACUCAACCCGUUCUCACCAUGGUGCUCAAAAGUGGCUACAAGGCUCGAGACGUCUGGAAAGCACUUGAAGACCUAUUCUGA